AUGUUCUUCAGCCGGGUCUUUAUUGCUGCGUCGGCAGCCGUUGCUGUCUCCGCACAAAUUGGUUCUAUCGAAUACUUUGUUUACGCCCCAGCCAAGAGUGACGUUGGCGUGUUGGACCGUCAAAAGGCUGCCCAGGCAGCCCACCUUGCGCAUGCUGAUGGAGUGUAUGCGGAAGGAAACCUCGACUCUGGUGGCCCUAUUCUCACUGCAAGCUCGGUGGCAGGUAACCUAACGUUCGCGGGUUCUGCGUUUCUCCUCAAGGUAGAAAACCUAGAGGCAGCUAAGAAAGUGGUAACCGACGACGCGUACUAUACCGGCGACGUGUGGGAUCCCGAGAAGAUUGUAGUGCUGCCAUACAUUCCCUACUAUCGGGCUUCGUCUGCCUAG